UGGAUGCAGUAACACUACAAAGAACAAGUAGUACACCGCAGACUAAUUAUUUUUCUUAAUGAAAAUUAGCUGCAGUAUCGUCGUGAAUAGUUUAAACAUCCCCCAUUUCAGUUGUGCUUAGUCUCCGGUACAGACGAGGGCAGCAGAAGACUGAAAUUACCCCGCCAACUGUCAAACACGCGGAGCACGAAGAGAAAGAACCACAGCCGCGCGCACUCGUGAACGCGCACAGACACUAAAUCCGCUAGAUUACUAAACCCGUCCCAGACCUGUGGGAAAGAUGACUGUUUUUUACCGGUUUAGCGAAUGUUAAUGUACGGACCAACUGUGCCCAUUUUUAACCUCAAGGAAACUAAUGCAUUAUUCUUUGGCAUACAACUAUUUGGAAGGACGCUUCAUCUUUUUUUCUUUUGGGUGAGAAAAAGACCCACAGGGUUGUUGUCGGACCAGUGGGUCGUCAGGAGUUGGAACAACGACGAGCUUCCCGUACUACUUUAUAUUUAAAUAAAGUCUUGUUUAGACGGAUUUCAGAUGCUAGGACACGUCUAGGUUAACCUUUACUUAUUAUUUUAGGAGUUAACAAUGACCCUGGACUGGCCAAAACAGUGUCAAAGGCUAAGCUAGGUUUUGAGCCUAACUAUUAACGUUUCAAAAGCUACACACUGUGUUGACCAAGCGGAUAUUUAACGUUAUAAGUUAACGUUAGCUAAUGGGGCACACAUGUUACUCCAAAGACUUAUGCUAAAGUAAACUGUUCAAGGAAAGCGACUCUUAUUUGGCGUUUUAAAGGUUAAUUCCAUUGUCAACUUUCCAAUUGAAUGACCCAGGAUUCAGUAUGUCAUUUUUUAAUUUCCGUAAAAUAUUUAAAUUGGGAGCUGAGAAGAAGAAGAAACAGUACGAACACGUCCGCAGAGAUGAAAAUCCAGAGGAAAUAUGGGACAUAAUCGGUGAAUUGGGAGAUGGAGCCUUUGGAAAAGUGUUUAAGGCUCAAAACAAACAGACGGGCAUCCUAGCUGCAGCCAAAGUUAUUGACACAAAAACCGAGGAGGAACUGGAGGACUACAUGGUGGAGAUUGACAUCCUGGCCUCCUGCGACCACCAAAACAUUGUCAAACUCCUCGACGCUUUCUAUUAUGAGAGCAAACUCUGGAUCCUCAUUGAGUUCUGUGCAGGAGGGGCUGUGGAUGCUGUCAUGCUAGAACUGGAGAGACCCCUUACAGAGCCUCAGAUCAGGGUGGUAUGUAAGCAGACUCUGCAGGCCCUCGUCUACCUCCACGACAACAACAUCAUCCACAGAGACCUGAAGGCUGGCAACAUCCUCCUCACACUGGACGGUGACGUCAAGCUAGCUGACUUUGGUGUAUCUGCCAAAAACACCAAAACGCUCCAGAGGAGAGACUCUUUCAUUGGAACGCCUUACUGGAUGGCUCCAGAGGUGGUGAUGUGCGAGACGUCGAAGGAUCGUCCAUAUGACUACAAGGCUGAUAUCUGGUCCCUUGGGGUCACCUUGAUUGAGCUGGCACAGAUUGAGCCACCCAAUCACGAGAUGAACCCCAUGAGAGUCCUGCUGAAAAUAGCCAAGUCAGAUCCUCCUACCCUGAUGCAGCCGUCACGCUGGUCCCCAGAAUUCAGUGAUUUCUUAAAGCGGUGUCUAGACAAGCAUGUGGACAACAGAUGGAAUCCGACGCAACUGCUACAGCAUUCAUUUGUGUCCAGUGUGACAGACAACAAGCCGCUGAGGGAGCUCAUAGCUGAGGCGAAGGCUGAGGUCACCGAGGAGAUUGAAGAGCACAAAGAGGAAGAAGAGGAGGAAGAGACAGAAGCACAUCUGGGCCACAAACGCGCCCCCUCUGAUGUCAGCGUUGCCAGCUCAGAGGAUGAGAAGAUCCCCCUCUCUCCCUCCAUCUUGGAAUCAGUCCCUGAGAAGGUUGAGCCAAUUCUGCCGUUGCCCACACCCACUGAGCUCCCUGUGGCCAACCAUGUGGUGGACACUAGCUUUGUGGAGGAGCCCGCUGCGCCUGCAGCUGGGGAGCACAUGGAGGAGACUUCAAACACUCCAGUUGAGGAUGGAGAGGUAGAACAGAAACCAGUGGAGGAAAAGCUCCCAGAAGCAGGAGUAGAUGUUGCCUCCCCACAACCAGAGACUGAACCAGAGGCACCUGCUAAGGAAAUGCAGCAGCUGGAGAUUGCCGUUGAGGAUGAAAAGGAAGUGGACACAGCCGAGGUUCUAGCCAAUACACAGGCCAGCACAGAGAGUUCAGAGGUCACUGAGGCUCCUCAGGAGGAAAAUAUGACUGCUGUGGAGGAAUCCAGCACACCAGCAGAGGAGGAAGAGGACCAGUACAAACAUCUAAAGGUGACAUUGACACUACCAGAGCAACAAAAAGUUCUUCCAAAAGAGGAGAAUGGCGAGGAACCCACUGAAAAGGAAAAAAUAAAUGCAGAAGAUGAGAAGGCGGUUCCAGACAAAGCUACGGAUGACAAAGAGAGAGAUUCAGACUCGGGCAGUGUCUCAGCCACAGAUAACAGCAGUGUAGACCUCAAUCUGUCUAUCUCAAGCUUUCUGUCCAAAACAAAAGAGCGUGGAUCUGUUUCCAUACAGGACACUAGGCGUCAGAAGAAGACGUUGAAAAAGACUCGCAAAUUCAUUGUGGAUGGAGUGGAAGUUAGCGUAACUACAUCAAAGAUCAUCACUGACAAUGAUACCAAGAACGAGGAGAUGAGAUUCCUGAGACGCCAGGAGCUAAGGGAGCUGCGUCUCCUGCAGAAGGAGGAGCAGAGGGCCCAGCAGCAGCUCAGCAACAAGCUGCAGCAGCAAAAAGAACAGAUCUACCGGCGCUUUGAACAGGAGACCACGAGUAAGAAGCGUCAGUACGACCAAGAGGUGGAGAACCUGGAGCGGCAGCAGAAGCAGACCAUCGAGAGGCUGGAGCAGGAGCACACCAACCGGCUUAGGGACGAGGCCAAACGCAUCAAAGCCGAGCAGGACAAAGAACUCUCCAAGUUCCAGAACAUGCUGAAAAACCACAAGAAAGAGGAACAAGAGUUUCUUCAGAAGCAGCAGCAGGAUCUGGACAGCGCUCUGAAGAAGAUUAUCCAGCAACACAAACAUGAGCUCGCCACUAUUGAGAGAGACUGCCUCAACCACAAGCAGCAGCUUCUCCGAGCACGGGAGGCUGCCAUGUGGGAGCUGGAAGAGCGUCACCUGCAGGAGAAACACCAGCUGUUCAAACAGCAGCUCAAAGACCAGUACUUCAUGCAGAGACACCAGCUGCUGAAGAGACACGAGAAGGAGAUGGAGCAGAUGCAGCGCUACAACCAGCGUCUAAUCGAGGAGAUGAAGAACAAGCAGACACAGGAGAGAGCCAGACUGCCAAAGAUUCAGCGCAGCGAGGCCAAGACCCGCAUGGCCAUGUUCAAGAAGAGCCUUCGUAUCACUGGAGCUGCCAUCACCCCCGAGCAGGAGAGGGAGAAGGUCAAGCAGUUUGCAGCCCAGGAAGAGAAGAGACAGAAGAACGAGAGGCUCCAUCAGCAGCAGAAACAUGAAAACCAGAUGAGAGACCUGCAGCUGCAGUGUGACGCCAACAUCCGAGAGCUUCAGCAGCUGCAGAACGAGAAGUGCCACCUGCUGAUCGAACAUGAGACCCAGAAACUGAAGGAAUUAGACGAGGAGCACAGCCUGGAGCUGAAGGAGUGGAGGGAGAAACUUCGGCCCAGGAAGAAGGCCCUGGAGGAAGAGUUUGCCAGGAAGCUGCAGGAACAGGAAGUGUUCUUCAAGAUGAGCGGAGAGUCGGAGUGCCUUAACCCCUCCACCCAGAGCCGCAUCUCCAAGUUCUACCCGAUCCCCAGCGUCCACUCGACCGGUUUCUAGGAGAAACCUACGUACAUAUGCGCAGUACACAGUCGACCUACACACAGUGCACGUGGACAUGAGUGCACGUACAGCGACAGUAAAGACAGAGCCUGUGCUGCCUUGCCCUCAGCCUCUGAAAGCUGUUGGAGGGUGUAAGAAGCAAUUCUGUUUCUGGACUUUGUUCCUCAGUCUGCAGCUCUGCUCUGCAAGACCCUUAUUUAGCUCAUUUUGUCAUAUUUUCACCCUAUUACAGUAAUUUCGAAGGAGAGUUAUUAUUUCCAGCUCAAAACCACUAAGUGAAGUAGCUCUCUGUCCGACCUUAUUUUUGUGAUUGAAUUGUUUUUAUAAAGAAUCCAGUGCCUGUAGAAUUUGAUGUUUUUGGCUUUUAAAUCCGAGCAAUUUCUGAUAAUUAUUUGCUGCUCAAUUUUUCUCUCAUUUAGACAUUUGCACUAAAGAAAAGAAAGCAUGAUUCAAUUUGGUUAAAUAUUAAAUUGCAGUCUUAUCAUUUUAUAAUAAUUGAUCAUAAAAUAGAAUGUAUUUCUGAUGAAGGAGACAGCACAUUUUAAUGUCACUCUUGUUGAAGGAAUGAUAAUACGGUAUUUUUUUUUUUUUAAUUACAUAUCUCUGUGUUAGAUUUUUAGGUUGUGAUACAUAAGAGGUUAAAAUAACCAGUCUAAUGCAUGAUUUCAAAGCAAGCUUUAAGAACUUUUUCCAGCCGAAACGAUUCCUUCUUUCAGGGUUUUUCUUCAGAAUGCCUUCUUGUCUCGAGCACGACUUGAGAGUACUAUUUAGCAACAAGCUAAAUUAGUAAGCACAAUUAGUUUCUUUGCUGCAUACAUUAGAGGAGGUGUGGAGAUGGUGUUUACAUAUAGAGACGAAGGAUCACUGUUAAUUGGACACUAAGGAAAUCACUGUGGUGGCAGAAACAAAGACUGCAACAAGCAUUUGUGUACCUGUUGGUCUGGUUUUUCUGUUUUACAUAACACCACUUUAUUAUUGUCAAGCAAAUGUUAUGUACCUGUAGGAGUGUUAUUCAGGGAUGAAAUGAAGAAUGCAAUUUUUCAUUGCUGUCCAUAAAUUCUGGAAAUUAACAUUUUUAAGAGUUUCCAAGGACUGAGUGUCAUGAAACUCACUAAGCAGAUUCAAACUACAAAUGGCGCUCAGUUCUCUAGUUUAAACAAACAUAACCUAAUCUGCAGUUACAGAUGAUGAUGCGUCCUUUUUAUUUGCUUUGGGUUUCCUAACAUAAGGUAUUUUGCUACCAGGUGUAUGAUGGGUAGGCCUGCAUGGCUUUUCUUUCUUCUGUGUAUUAAAAUGAUAAUACUGUUUUCAUCGUCAUGUUAGCUAAUAGCCUUAAUUCUUCAGAAAAGCUGUGUGUGUAUAUAUAUACAUACUGUACCUGAUGUGACCGCCUUUAAAGAUUUUGGUCGAACUUUAGGUUUUAAGCCAGCUUACCAACUCAAUGUUCUGUUCUGACUGUAUGAAGCAUAUUUACAAAUUCAGAAUUAUUGCAUCUGUAUUCAAAGAAACAAAAACAGAACACGAGUUCUUAGCAGCUUUUUUUAUUUAGGCUGAUGUAUUGAUGCGGUUGUAAAAACAAACGUGUUCAAAAAAUGGACCUGACUGGUUUAGGCCAUCUUGAUUUCUGAUUGGUUCAUUUUAUCAUCUCAUUUUCUUUAUGAUUGGCUAUUGUGAGAUACGGUUAGUCAAAGGUAUUUAAUAACUGAACUGUUAUAUACAAAAAAAAAAGCAAUGAAGGAGUGCUGUGCACCUUUUUACAAAACUUUCUCAGUAGCUAUUUAUAUGAAAACGUAUCACCCACACUGCAGCACCUGUACUGUAAGGUAUUCACUCUUUGGAGGUUUGCAGCAUACAAACAUAUAAUUACAACAUCAAUCCUGGCAGGUAUUGUUCUGUUGGUCAGUGAGAUUCUACAAAAAAAAUUCUGAAUGUUGACUGAAAAUGAUAUCCAUAUCAAAUCAUUAUGCAUUUUUAAAAAAUGUUUAGUUUUUAGAAUGGCUGCCCUGUGUAAUGUAGAUUUAAAUUUUUGCUGUAAAUAAACAUUUUCCUCUGUA